CUGUGUGUCGCGAGAACCAGAUGAUGUACCACGGGGCCGCCAGGUACGAGCAGGUCAACAUCCCUUGCGCUUUGGACGCCCACCCCCCGCCCAUCUCCUUCCGCUGGACCUUUAAUAACAGCGGAGAAAGUGUUGAUAUUCCUCAGAACCACAUUAUGGUAGAAGGUUCUAGAGCGACAGUAAGCUACACCCCCAACACAGAGCUAGAUUACGGUACACUUCUUUGCUGGGGAUCAAAUUCUGUGGGUGUUCAGCGGCAUCCCUGUGUCUUUCACGUGUUCCCUGCUGGCCCUCCUGAUCCUGUACACAAUUGUUCAGUGUACAAUCUCUCAGUGACCGUAGUGAACGUCCGAUGUCUAGCAGGGUUUGACGGUGGUCUGCCGCAGACUUUCAUCCUCGAACUGUACGACCCGCACACGAACGUCUUGAUGGGGAACACAACUAACACGGUGCCGAAGUUCUCAGUGCCAGGUCUGCCUCCUGGCGUGGGUCUGCUGGGCGUGGUCUACUCCACCAACGCGAAGGGGCGUGGCCAAAUGAUCAAUCUGCAGGUGUUCACACUAAAAGACGUGGCGGAGAGACGUACAGCCGCAGUGAAGCCGCCCCCGCACGCCAGCGUCUCCUCCGUCAGGAUAACCGCCAUCAUAGCAGUCGUGUUGGGCGUCCUUGGCGGCCUCCUCGUCGUGGCCAUCCUCAUCUGCGCCGUCCUCAGACUCCGAGAUGGGCGGGGCGACGUGGGGGCGGGGCCGAGAGCCGUGGAGGUCAAGGCGAAGGAGCGCGGGCGUGAGAGGCCGCAGGAAGGAGGCGGCCAGGACGAGGGGGCGGCCAAGACGGCGCUGACGACGAAUCUGAAGGAGGUUCAAGGGCGCGCCGGUUCCCCGAGGGACUAUGACGAGAAGAACCCGGAUGUGAUUCCACACUCAGACUCAGAAUCCUGGCCUGCUGAGGGAGUUAACACGAUCAGUUCAGCAUCUCUGCCUCCCACGUACUCUGCUCUGCCGAGGACAUCCGCACAGGUCUAUUCUCAUGGAAAUUAUCAGCAGGCCCAGUGCGGCAGCGACGUGCAGUACGCCGAACUCCUGCUUUCCGGGACGACCAUCACGACCACCCCCCGCCCGCACGACCAGCACAAGGUCAUCUACACGACCCUGGACCACAAACACGUCCUCCCCCACUACCCCUCCCCUCAGCCCCACCCGUCCUACACCCACCCUUCCCUCCCUCCCUCCACCUCCUCCCCACCCCCUCCCACCCACCUCCUCCAGCAGGGGGGGUCCCAGCACCACCUCGGAGGCACGUGGACGACCUCCUGCGGCACGACCUCGCCGCGGCAGCCUCUCCUCCGUCGGGAAUCGCACGUCGAAGACCCUCUCAAGGCCGACCCGGAGGCGCGGGUUCCUCUUAUCUCGAAUCAGAAGGAGAGUUCGGUUUAAGGAUGAUAAGAGCAUCACAUAAAAAUAUAUAUAUAAUAAAUUGAAAAAAAAGAAAAGCUGUGUAAAGGAACUAUCUCUCUUGCGUGUUAUGAGGAACGAUCAUCUUUCGUAAAGACUUUUGUCGCUUCUGUUACGGCUACGAUCGACUUUUGUGUUUAGCGUUCUCUCCCUGUCUAAAAAAGGCAGUGUAAAUGCCAGUCAAGUGUCACAGUUGUGUUUACUGUAUUGUGUAUCAUAUACACCCGAAAACGUAUGUAAACUUAUACACUGUUAUGUUUUGUGUCCGUGUGUGAGCGUGUGAUUUUUUUAAAACAAGAAAAUACAAAUAAAGAUCAGUAAUUACUUUGGAAAUCGAGUGAUUUUAUGUUUCUUUUUAUAAGAAAAGAAGAAAAUGAUAAAGAAUUUUACUCUCGAAUUGAUGUGAUUUGAUUUUUUCCCCAAGAAAAAAGGAAUAAAAAGAUAAUUGUCAAUAUUCUCAGAUUAAUGUGAUUUCAAUAUUUUUAUUAAGAAAAAAGAAAAUAAAAAUAUUCAAUAUUCCCAAAUUAACGUGUGUGUAACUGUGAAUCAUUUACCAAACUGACAGUAUUGGAGAGACAUAGAAAAAGGAUGAUGUAGAAAAAAGAAAAAGAAAAAAGAAAAAGAAAAAAGGAAAACUGCGUGUGUGUGCAGGGAUAUUAUUUGAACAUUGCCAGUGUUCAAAGGCACUCAUGAACGAGGUCUGAUGAAACGUCCUGUUGAGUGUGCGAGUUUGUCUGUAAAUAAAAGCAACAAGUCCACGUUAUCAGAGAGUGAAAUAAAUGUCUUUUGUAUGAGUGACAUCUACAGGCUUGGUGCUUGCGGCCCUGAACAAUCAUUCAGUGGAACUUUUAUGAACAAUGAAUAUCUGGUGGAUAUAGGAAAUGUACUUAAACAUAUAUAU